CUUGGGGUUGGCGUCGCGUCCGUUGCCGACUCAACAACUCCAGCUAUACCUACCGCGAGUGAGUUCGUAUUUCUACCACCCCUCCCUACCGACCAAGGUCAUCAUUACGCAAUUUGACACCUGUUGUGUGUACAUAAAGUACAACGUUGAUGUGAUCAGAAAUGUGCUUAAACAAGAAUCUCGUAAAGCUCGUGGAGUACUUUCAAUUGCGUUCAUGUGAAUUUCGUUAGAGCCAGUUCGCAUCAUUAAAAAAUUCGAAAUGAGCCGCAACAUUAAAAUUGUGUUUACAAAACUCUUGCUGUGCUUUUUUGUGUCUGGUGCCUUUGGAAGAUCAUGGGCAAACCAUCACGACACCACAACGUCGACGACGCAAACCACGCCGACGACAAGUCCACUCCCUAAAAACAUUCACAGUGAUCCUCUCAUAGUGGAAACUAAAAGCGGUCUCAUUAAAGGUUACGCCAAAACGGUAAUGGGACGAGAAGUUCACAUUUUCACCGGAAUACCGUUUGCCAAACCACCACUUGGUCCACUCAGGUUUCGCAAGCCGGUACCAAUAGAUCCAUGGCAUGGAGUUCUCGAAGCUACCGCUAUGCCAAAUAGUUGUUACCAAGAGAGGUACGAAUAUUUCCCAGGGUUCGAGGGGGAGGAAAUGUGGAAUCCGAACACAAAUAUAUCAGAAGACUGUUUGUAUUUAAACAUAUGGGUGCCACAGCAUUUGAGAGUUCGCCAUCACCAAGAGAAACCCCUGACAGAAAAGCCAAAAGUGCCAAUAUUAGUGUGGAUAUACGGCGGUGGUUACAUGAGUGGCACAGCUACGCUCGACUUGUACAAAGCUGACAUAAUGGCAUCCUCCAGUGAUGUGAUCGUUGCUUCCAUGCAGUAUAGGGUAGGAGCGUUUGGAUUUUUAUACCUCAACAAAUAUUUUUCGGCGGGAAGUGAAGAGGCGCCUGGUAACAUGGGUUUGUGGGAUCAACAGUUGGCUAUCCGCUGGAUAAAGGAAAACGCUCGAGCUUUCGGGGGUGACCCGGAAUUAAUAACACUCUUCGGAGAGUCAGCCGGAGGUGGCAGUGUGAGUCUGCAUAUGCUCUCGCCUGAAAUGAAAGGGCUGUUUAAAAGAGGAAUCUUACAGUCUGGUACCUUGAACGCUCCCUGGAGUUGGAUGACGGGCGAAAGAGCACAGGACAUCGGCAAGGUUUUAGUAGAUGACUGCAACUGCAACAGUUCUCUAUUGACUGCUGACCCGAGCUUAGUUAUGGACUGCAUGCGUGGAGUAGACGCGAAGACAAUUUCUGUGCAGCAGUGGAAUUCUUAUACUGGUAUCUUAGGGUUUCCGUCGGCACCGACAGUUGAUGGGGUUUUUUUGCCAAAGGACCCUGACACGAUGAUGAAAGAAGGCAAUUUUCAUAAUACCGAAGUGCUUCUUGGCAGUAAUCAAGAUGAAGGGACGUAUUUCUUACUCUACGACUUUCUUGACUACUUCGAAAAAGAUGGGCCCAGUUUUCUACAGCGAGAGAAGUUCUUGGAGAUCGUCGACACAAUUUUCAAGGAAUUUUCCAAAAUCAAAAGGGAAGCCAUAGUUUUUCAAUACACUGACUGGGAGGAAAUCACAGAUGGCUAUCUAAACCAGAAGAUGAUAGCUGACGUGGUUGGCGAUUAUUUCUUCGUGUGCCCCACCAACUACUUCGCGGAGAUCUUGGCCGAUGCUGGGGUGGAUGUCUACUAUUACUACUUCACCCACCGCACCAGCACGAGUCUUUGGGGCGAAUGGAUGGGCGUGAUGCACGGCGAUGAGAUGGAGUACGUGUUUGGCCACCCGCUAAACAUGUCGCUGCAGUACCACACUCGCGAGAGGGACUUGGCCGCACACAUCAUGCAGUCCUUCACCAGAUUCGCUCUGACCGGUAAGCCACACAAGCCGGAUGAGAAAUGGCCCCUGUACUCCAGAUCCUCGCCGCACUACUAUACGUACACAGCCGAUGGCACCAGCGGCCCCGCAGGACCCCGGGGACCGAGGGCCUCCGCCUGUGCCUUCUGGAACGACUUCCUGAACAAACUCAACGAAUUGGAGCACGUCCCCUGUGAUAGAGCAGUGACGGGCCCCUACAGUAGCGUAGCAGGCACUACCCUGCCCAUACUGCUGCUCACUGCCCUCGCUACCAGCGUAGCCCUGUAAGCUAACCAGUAUUCCAGCACCCACGCGAUGGACGCUAAACUUGUGCUAAUUGAAACCAGCGCAAACACAAUAGAUAGGCAAAAUGAGGUUGAAAUAUUUUCUACGUAACAUUUCAGUUUUAAACGGAAUAGAAUUUACUAGAGCGUAGAAAUUAAUUUUGAUGGACUUACUUUUGUUGGUAAGAAUGAUGGCGGAUUCAAGUGACGCGUUCGUUGAGACUGUUUCGAUAAGUAUUUGUGAAGACAAAAAAUGAGAUGUUUGAUAUUUUCUUAAAGAAAGGAGCGAUCUUAUAUAUCGUGAUAUUGGACGAUUUAGUAGACACGAUGUUCUUUUUUGUAGAUAUAGCUUUUUCAUUAUGAUCAGACGCUGAAUGUUUGCUGCUGAAGUUUAAAAAUCGGCGAGUGUGAAAUGGUUUUAAAUUUACUUCGAGAAGAAAAAACGAAUUGUGUACGGAAAAUGCACUGUUACAUGUUACAAAAUUAAAUGCGCGUGAUCUUUUUUUAAUUUCUUGUUAAUGUCAAUGACUCUAUGAUUACAAAUGUAAGAUGAAUAUUUGACACAUUGUUCGGUGUUGAGGGUUCAUAACUAUGUAUGCCCGUAUAAUAUAAAGGUUUAUAUGUUAAAUGUGCUAAGUUAAAUUAGUUUCAGAAUGUUCCUCUUCCUAGUUGGCUCAUGUUUGAUGUUUUGUGUUUAGUCGUAAUAAAAGUUAUUUAUAAAAUUGUAACCUACAGAAUUGUAAACAUUAGAUCCGUGUGUGAAGUGUUAAAGUUAGUAGGUAUGUUAUAUAUGUCAGCUUUGUCGAAGCGUUGCUUACACACGACAGUGAUUUUUAAUCGUCAUACAUAUCAAAGUGUGCCUGUGCUUAAAUAACAAAUACAUAUCUUUAACUUAGCGAAAUUUUAGAAUUUUAUAUUUAAAUUAAUAUAUUAAAAGUCGAGCGUAUACUGUGAGACGAAUUUUUAUCAAUAUACCAAUAUAUGUAUAUUUACUACUAUUAGGGAAGCUAUUGUAUUCGUACCACUCGAGAAUCUUA